CAACGAGAGCCAAGAUGGCUGACUUCGAGGAGCCGCUGUCAGACGACGAGAAGGUCCGCAUAGCAGCUAACUUUGUAACUCAUGCCCCCCCGGGAGAGUUCAAUGAAGUAUUCAAUGAUGUGCGGCUCCUCCUCAACAAUGACAACCUCCUCAGGGAGGGUGCGUCACACUCCUUUGCGCAGUACAACAUGGAUCAGUUCACCCCUGCCAAACUAGAGGGCUAUGAAGAACCGGUUCUGAUCACGGAGCAUGGUGACUUGGGUCAGGGACGUUUCUUGGACCCCCGCAACCAUGUGUCGUUCCGCUUUGACCACCUGAGGAAAGAGGUGAGCGAUGUACAGCCGUGUGAAGGAGAGACAGCCCUGAGACCCUGGAGAGAUGCCUGUGAUACUGCCCUGAGUGCCUAUGUCAAAGAGCACUACCCAAGUGGAGUCUGCACGGUUUAUGGGAAAACAGUUGAUGGCCAGCAGACGAUCAUUGCCUGCAUCGAGGGACAUCAGUUUCAGCCCAAAAACUUCUGGAACGGUCGCUGUAGGUCCGAGUGGAAACUUACCCUCGGUCAGUCCACUGCUCAGGUGGUAGGAGUGUUGAAAAUCCAGGUGCACUAUUAUGAAGAUGGUAAUGUGCAGCUGGUUAGCCAUAAAGAAGUGGAGGAUUCAAUACCAGUGACUAAUGAAAGCCAGACUGCCAAGGAAUUCAUUGACAUCAUCGAAAAUGCGGAAAAUGACUAUCAGACCGCCAUCAGUGAGAACUACCAAACCAUGUCUGACACCACCUUCAAGGCCCUGCGUCGCCAGCUGCCCGUCACACGCACCAAGAUCGACUGGAACAAGAUCCUCAGCUACAAGAUCGGCAAGGAGAUGCAGAAUGCCUAGAGAAAGGACAGGGACUGGCCAGAGAGGUGCACGCGCCACAAGGCCAACAAUCCACCUAUAUAUGUGCAAGGACUAACCAAAGCAUAUCUAUAUCAGUAUGGGGCAAGGAAUAUAUUAAAAACUAAAUAAACAAAAAAGCAAAGUUGAAGAUUGACAGUCUGUUAAGCACAGGUAUCCAUCUGCUAUAAGGAAGCUGUGGUUUUGGAGGACAUUGUGGUUUGGGGAGGGUUCCUUCUGGAUCUUGCAUACAGGAGAGUUGUACAGGGUCAAUGUGCAGGGCUUUGCUCUGGACUGCUACGUCAGAGGGUUAGCGCUCUUUUUAGCUAUUGAAGGGAUCACCGAUCUGCUCAGAUUUGAUUGUCGUUAUCCUUCAGAAGGUCUUUUGCUUAUCCAUCCUCAUGCAGAUCCACGAUCACAUCAAGGUGGAGACAGCUUACAUUUCAGAAACAUUUGGACAAGAAUCAGGAUUUUACAGGGCAGCUGUUAACAGCAAUUGUAAGCACAUCAUUAUAAACCAGGUUUUUUUCUGACAAAAAAAAAGUUUGCUGUUGACAUCUGAAUAUAUUUCACAAAUUCAGUUCACAGCUGUAAUGCAAUUGGAAAAUCGUGAAUAAAAAAUAUCAGGACAACGAUGACGCAGUUUCCAGUCAUCUGUCUUAAAGGUGUUCGAAGCUUAUCAUGACGUUAUUAUGAUGGAUCUCAGCUAUGCUAAUGAAUCUGACAGUAUUGCUGUUGAAUUACAGGGGUAGCAUGAUCUGCAACAUAGCUCUGUUCCUGCACUGUAGGUUUAUGUAUGCUGGUGUUUGUCAGAGCAGAGGGAAAGUUAACUUGUCUUCUGUUGUACUGCUUCGACAUCUGUCCACACUCAAGAAAACUAUGAAGACAAAUGCGACACAGCUCCUCUGCUUCAGAAUCCACAGGCCAUUCUCUCCUCUCUUACCUGGAAAACAUAGCCUCCAUUGCUGUAUAGCUUUUCCUUUGUGGAAGGGAAACAUUUACCUAUUAACCAAGAUUUAUUUGCCAAAAUCUCUUUCCUAUGGUAAAGAAGCCCCCCCCACACACACACCCCUCCCCCAUGUAUGCAAAUCUAUAUUUUAAUACGCUGGUUUUGUGUUGAGUCUUAAGAUAUCACACACAAACUGUCUCUUGUGGUUCAGUCAAUGCCAAGUGAGCACAAAGUGGUUUUUGCUGGGUUAGGUGGAAUGCCAGAUUGUCUGUUACACACUUGCUUAUUAGGCUGAUUCUGGGUCAGUUACCUGUUAGCUAUAUGUGCUUUGUUCAACCCUCACACUACUACAAUUGUGCGCUGAUCAGUUCGGUACUGUACUGCCCCAUUCUGUUGUACGAAUAAAUGGAUUGAUCAUCUUGGC